AAACAGCUUAGAAAGAUGUGUGAGUAUUUUCUUUCACCUCUCACGAUAUGCUUUGAUUUUUUUUAUCAAUGUAUAAUGCAAUGCAUUAAUGUGAAAGGAGGGGAUAUAUCUCUGACAAUACCUUAACGUUUUUCAACAUCUUCCCAACCUUACAAUAUAAUCAACAUAAUUAAAUUUGAUUGAGAGGAAAAUAUUGCUAGCUGUCAAAUUAUCAAGGGAUAAUUGGUUGUUUUUCCAGACGCUGAUUUUCAAUCAUUUCAACAUGUUUUAAUCAGUAGAGGUGAUUACUUGAUUGACCUGUUCUUCAGGAGUUACAUUUUAUAACCUUUAAGUUAAUAGUAAGGGCUACAUCUGAGGUUUAUAGUUUUGUAUACAGGUACUUUAUUUUACUCUGUUCUUAAACAGGCUGGGAACACUACAUCCGAGGUUUAUAUUUUCGUAUACAGGUACUUUGUUUUACUCUGUUCUUAAACAGGCUGGGAACACUACAUCCGAGGUUUAUAUUUUCGUACACAGGUACUUUAUUUUACUCUGUUCUUAAACAGACUGGGAACACUUCCCCCAUCGUGAGAUAUUCUCGCUAAAACGCGAUUAUACCUCUUUAGCAAGAGCAAAUUUAAUAUAUCCUAUGCAACUGAUAAAAGCAACUGACAAGUACGUCUGUGAUUCGUAUUUCACAUGAAAAACAUCUUCACUAGCCAAGGGUUUUCGGUCCACUCUGCUCCCCAUAGUGGAGUGGAUAAAAAAUCCUAGGGUAGCGAAGGUGAUGGAAAGAAGAAAGAGUGCUAAAAUGUCUGAUACUUCUACAAAUAUUUAAAUUAAAACAAAAACACUCACGAUGUGCAUUGAAUUUCAGCCUCCUUCCCUCUUGCGCAUUCACGUUGGUAUGAAAUUUCUUGACUGUGUUGUCAGUUUUAUAGAAACAAUUUGUUGAGUGUGCGUCGCACUUAUUAAGCACUACAUGGAAUGAUAAUUUGUCAUUAUUUUCAAUCAAAACACCUGUUAGUUUAUAUAUAGUAAUGUUUAUUUUCUUGCAUCUUCAUUAUCCAAGGGUUUACGAUCUGCUCCUCUUCUCUACAACCCUUGGCUGCAUUAGCACGAUUUUCGUGUCAACAAUUUCCUGCAUAUGAUUGGAUGCAGGCCAAGUCCCCUGCAUCUAAUCAGACAGCAUGUUACAUUACACCACAUGCAAGACGAUGGAAUGUGUAGUCAUUGUCUUCAAAAUAUAAGAUUUUCAUAGAGUCUCCAUUUAGCAAGGCGGUGUGUAGACUGCCAUGAGGCUUUGCAUAUAUAACAUCAUGUAACUCACUGGGCGAAGCCAUUUUUAUGCUCCCAAGAUCAAAGAUCGGAGGGCAUAUUGUUUUUGUCCUGUCUGUCAUCCUGUCUGUCAGUGUCUGAAACUUUAACAUUGCUAAUAACUUUUGAACAGUAAGUGCUAGAGCUUUGAUAUUUCACAUGAGUAUUUCUUGUGACAAAACCUUUCCGUGGGUAGUAAUAUUUUUGACCAAGUGACCUUGACCUUGGAGUUUUACCUCCUUUUUGAAAACUUUAACCUUGCUAAUAACUUUUGAUUUACAGGGUUGGCAAAAAAGUGGUCAAUAUGAGUAUUGACCGGGCCGGUGGUCAAUACUGGUUAAAACCGGUCAAUACUGGUUAAUACUGGUCAAUACUGGUUAAUACUGGUCGAUUGAAGAUUAUUUGGUCAUUAUAGUCUGUAUUAUUUAUUUUAAAUGUUUAAGUGACCAUUAUGGUAAAUACUGUAAUUCAUAACAUGCACUAUCAGUUUAUAAUGUACUUAUAAGUCAUAAUAUUAAAUAAAUAAUAUACAAAUGACUCUGUUGAAUUGGGGAAGAUGUAAAAGUUUCUGUUCAAAUUCCUUAGUUUAACAAGCAGUGAUUUUUUAAGGCCCACUUUGGGUCCGAAUUUCGACCCUUUCCCCUCCUAAAAAUUGCCUAUUUUUUCCCAAUUUAGCUUGCAUUUUUCCCAAUAAUAAAAUUAUGAAAGGAAAACGUAUUUGAAUAAAGUAAACAUCAAUGUGAAUUAUAUACAUAAGAUUUAACAAAAAGUUAUGGUAAUGAUGAUUUGGAUAGAAAAGUUGAAAAUUUUAGAAGGUUAAAGAAAAUUAGAUGUGUGAAAUAAAGAUAAUAUAAUGUUUGAUAUGAUUUUAAAACUUAUGAUAAAAUUGACUCUUCCCAAUUUGACUGAAAUCUCGACAAUUUUUCCCAAUUCGAAAGCCACAGGACCCUUGUAAAAAAUGUAGAAAAAUCACUGACAAGAGAACUACCAUAAGUAUUGUUUCAUCAAUCUUCAUUUUAACUGUUGAAUAAACAUUUGAGGGUGUGUGUUGGUGAUGUUUUCAUAACAAUAACAGGCACACUGGUCAUCUCUGGUCCCAACCUAUGCUUAUUAACACCUGUCAACUCUGCUUCCUGUGCUCAGGUAAUGUCCAGCUACCUUUUAUUCUUAGUCUGUCCAGGUACAUGUAGUAAAAGGUCUGUCUCCAAUCCUCAAGCUAUGCUAUAGAACUGUGACCCUCUGGUUGGUACUGAAGAUAUUGCGGUCAGUUUCAGCAAACCAAAUAUAUUAAACUUAUGAAAUUACAUUUGAUUAUCUAAUGAAAAAUAUUAAUCAACAAUUGAUCCAUAUAAUGAAAAGACUUAAUUUAUCUUUGUCUUUGCAAGAAAUGUACAAAAAUAGGAAAAUGGACAGUUUAAAUCACAAUUGACCAGUAUUGACCACUUGGGAAGUAUUGACCGGGACGGUUAAAACCACUGGUUAAAACCGGGGGCGGUUUUGACCGCCCAACCCUGCUUUUGAACAAUUAGUGCUAGAGCUUUGAUAUUUCAUAUGAGUAUUCCUUGUGACAAGACCUUUCCAUGGGUACUAAACCUUUUGACCUUGACAUUUGACCUACUUUUUAAAAAAUUGACAAUGGUCAUAACUUCUAAAAGGUAUAUAUUAAAGCUUUCAUAUUGCACAUGAGCAUUUCUAGUGACAAGAUCUUUCUACUGGUACCAAAAUAUUUUCCCUUGUGACCUUGACCAUCUUUAGGAUUGACCAUUAUCGUGGGCAUUUGUGUUUCACAAACACAUUUUGUUAUUUUAACAACACACAAAGUGUAGUUGAAAAACACAUUUUCAUUGAUUGAACAUGAUGUAAUCCAAACAGAAUUUGUUUUCUCCAUCCGCUAGACUGACACUAGAGGACGCCACUCAAAUCCACAAAAAUUGUGCUAACCAGCCAAGGGUUGUAGAGAAGCGGAGCAGAUAGUAAAGCCUUGGCUAGCGAAGAUGACUUUCUUGCUAAAGAGGGAUAAUCACAUUUUAUCAAGAAUAUCUUGCUAUAUGGGAAGUGUUCCCAACCUGUUAAGAAUGGUUGAAAAGUAGAAUACAUGUUCAUAGCUCCUUGUUGGUAAUUUGACCAGAAAAAUGGCUGAAACUAAAGACAUUCUUGUUGUUAAUGGCUCUGCAGAACAGAAGACAACAGUAAGACGCAUGCAUUCUGCAGGCUUCACGGACAUGUCUAAACAGGAUGCUCCUCAAUUUGACCCCUACAAAACUCUGGAAAGGUCGCAGUCCGAGGCGGCACUUUUGAAAAAUCAGCACACCGUCACAUCAACAGAAGAAGGAGUCACGGAAACCUUCUCAGAACAAGAGAUGGGAGCUGAAGGAAUGGACCUUGGGGCCCAUAAUAUAUCAGAAUGUUCAAAAGUAUACCUUGAUUUGUCUACUGCUGAGGCUUAUGAAACUAUGAAUGAACACAUUCAUUAUCCAACCUCACUAUUCCGCACAGGGUCCGGGCGACUCUUGGAAACAAUCCCACAAGACGAAGAAUUGCAAACGGAUGAUGUUAGAUUCAGCCUUAUGGGAGAAAGGUCUAUCUCCACUGAGAGUAAUUCUAGUGCUAGUAGUCUUGAUGAAAAGACGUCCAAGUCUCACAUCAAAUCUCUUACUAUCAAAGAGGAGUCGACCAGAUGUGUAGUCUCCAGUUCCUAUUCCAAAGUAGGCAAGAGGUCCCCAGAUUACACCACUAAAGCAAAAUCCAACAUGAAAUCCACUUUGCAGACAUUCUCCUUGAAUAUUAAACAAAAAAUAAAACAACUUCAGAUGGGUUCUGUACAGGAGCAGAUUCAGGCAAUGAGAGAGAUAAGUGUCAUCAUAGAUCAGGCGUGGGCUAUUCCGAGUUUCGGGCGAGAUCUUGCUUAUGGUUUGUGUGAUAUAUUGAGGAACGAGAAAGCCCUUGAUAUCAUUGUCAAAAAUUGUGCAUCACAAUCCAGUGAUUUAAUGAAAGCCUCGGCGAAAUUACUCGACAAAAUUCUUACUACUGGGAACAGAAAGAGGUUAGCAGAGAUUGGCUUAGAGAUAGUAGUCAAGAUGGCUGUGUCUUCCAAAGGAGAAACAGAACUGGCUCGAGUUGUCACUGGUAUAUUAGAAAGUCUCUUUAAGAUAUCAGAGGAAGUUUGUGCUAAGCUGAUAUCUCUCGGAGGGUUAGAUGUUAUCGUUUAUUGGUGUAGGUGUAAUGAUCGUUCAACUCUCAGACACUGCUCAAUGGCAGUAGCCAAUAUGGCAUUAUACGGGGGAAGAGAAAAUCAGGAAGAAAUGACCAAGCAUAAAGUUCCGGAGUGGCUUUUCCCCUUGGCUUUCAAUGAUGACGAUGGGGUCCGUUACUAUGCAUGUCUAGCCAUUUCUAUACUGGUAGCCAACAAGGAGAUUGAGACGGUAGUAAAGAACUCCGGGACAUUAGAAGUAGUUCUGCCCUUUUUGACUAGCCAUACUCCAAGUCAGUUUGCUCGUAUGGAAUUGUCUCAUCAACAAGGUCGAUCAAAGGACUGGCUGAAACGACUCGUGGCCCUGCUGUCUAGCAAACGGGAAGAAGCCCAAGCUCUGGCUGCUUUUCACUUUGCCAUGGAGGCAGGAAUUAAAAUGGAGCAAUGCAAGAAAGAUGUAUUUUAUGAAAUUGGAGCCAUCGAUCCUCUGAAGCGCCUGGCAAGCAGUCCCAACCCCACUACUUCCAAGCUGGCAUCUGAGGCCUUGAAAACCAUUGGUGAGGAGCUCCCCCAUAAAUUGUCCCAGCAAGUGCCCAUUUGGAAUGUGGAAGAUGUUGUUUUCUGGGUCAACAGAACUGGGUAUGAAGAGUAUGCUGAGCGUUUUGCGAGAUGUAAGGUUGAUGGAGAUCUACUGUUGACAUUAACAGAAACAGACCUGGCCAGCAGCAUCGGGAUGAACUGCAGAAUCACCCAAAAAAGAUUUCUUAGAGACAUCAAAGAUUUGAAAAUAAAAGCAGACUACAUGUCAUGUGACCCAACAGGGCUCAGUGAUUGGCUGCAAGAAAUUGGUCCCGAUUACAGACAAUAUACUUACUCCCUUGUAAAGAAUGACAUUGACAAAAACUACCUGAUGCGCAUGACUGAUGAAGAUCUACGUGACUGUGAUAUUGCUAAUAGCAUUCAUAGGAAGAAAAUUAUCCAGAAAAUUGCAGCCACUCGAACUGCAGAGAGCAGCGUGGAAAGUGUGGACUCUAUGGACGGAUCCACCAAUACUAUAUCCCGACCAAUCGACGUCUUCAUCAGCUACAGAAGGAUUAAUGGCUCACAGCUGGCCAGUUUAUUGAAGGUACACCUACAGUUACGAGGGUUUUCAGUAUUUCUAGACAUCGAGAAGCUGAAGGCUGGAAAAUUUGAUGAAAACCUCUUGAAUAGUGUGAAACUAGCCAAAAACUUUAUCCUAGUCCUAACUCCUAACUCUCUGGAUAGAUGUAUGGGGGAUGAUGAACAGAAUGACUGGGUACACAAGGAAAUUGUAGCAGCUCUGGAGUGUGGCUGUAAUAUAAUUCCUCUCAUGGAUAAUUUCCACUGGCCAGCACCCGAGAAACUACCAGAGGACAUGAGACAGAUAACAUUCUUUAAUGGAAUCAGGUGGAUCCACGAUUAUCAAGAUGCAUGCGUAGACAAGCUGGAAAAGUUCCUUCGUGGAGAAGUAAAUGUCACACACAAGAGAGCAGCCUUGUUUCAGAUGGGCUCAUCUUCUGAGGGUUUAGUGGACGGUGGGAAAUACAGCUCGAGUGAAGACAGCAGUCCCAGCAUUGAUGUUUCACCUAAUCGGGACGUGUCCUACAGCAGCUGAUGACGACAGACAGAAAACCAAGUCAUGUUUUCUAAAAAUGCACAAAAGCUGCAAAUUUGGUGGGUUCAAUGUUCAGAGCUUUUUGCAUCUUAAAAUACAAGUGUGUAAGUCUGAAUUGAGCUCUUUUAUACGUGUGUGACAAAUUUGAAGUUUGUAUCCACUCUUGUUUAAGAUAUGUCUGAUGCACAUGUAAUUCUUAUGAAACUUCUGACCAUAUUAUUAUUGGUAUUGAGGAUCUUGAGUGUACAGGUACACAUGUACAUGCAUGGACAGGAACAGCUGAUUCAUUUUCCCAGAAUCACCAAGUAAAUGUGUGUAUGUGUAAAAUUUAAAUCACUAAAACCUAUUGAUUAUCUAUUAGCAUUAUCCGCAUAGUAAGCCAAUUUAAAGUUUUCAAACUUUGUUUAUUCAUUGCAUGUCUCUUUUGAAAUGUCUAAAAAAAAAAAGAAUUAAUCUGCCGUAAGAAUUUCUAGAACUUUGAUAUCCAUCUAGUCUACACAUUUUUCAUACAUGUAGUCUACAGUACUCAUGGAAACCCUUGCACCUUUUCCAGUGAUAGAAAUAUGACUGUAUAAGCUCAUUAUCAAUAUUUUCAUGACAUUUUGUUAUUAAGCCAAAUCUUUGUUGUAGAAUUGUAGAUGCUUUGAAAUCCAAACUUUCCACCAUCUAUAAAUACAGACUCUUCUUUGUCUCAUUAUUGUACUAAAGGUGUUACUAAGCCCAUCCACCCCACCCCCACUGGUCAUUCAUCUUUCCUGCUAAAGUUGUUACAUAAUUCUAAUAACCCUGUCUCUGCUUGGGUGGUCAAGUUUUCAUGUGAACUUUGUGAACUGCUGUGUUAGAUAUUGAGGUGAAGGACAAUGUGUUGAUUGGAUUCAGUCGAUUUUCAGUCAUUUCACAGGCACCUCUGAUCCCUGCCAUCUAGUUCUGACUUCAACAGCAAACUGGUGGCACCAUCAAUCACAUGGAGUCUGUUAUUUGAUUACGAAGUGGAAUGUUUUGGAAAUGUCACGACCAAUUCCGGUAAAUCAUUCUCAGAAAAGUCGCAAGUGACCUGAUAGAUAUCAAAUAAAGGAAUUUUCACUUAUAUUUAAGGAGGUAUACUACAUCAUUGUAAUGGUCGACUAUUGGUCAACUUUUAAAACAUGGCUGAAAAUUUUUCAGCAAUAUUUGUCUAUUCCUUUUAAAUUUAAGUGACCUGAUCAAUAUUAGGUAUGGGUUUUUUACUUACAGUCAAACCUCAUUAUCUCAAAUUUGAUGGAGCCAAUAAAAAACUUCGAGGUAUCAGAGAGUUCGAGAUCUUUAAGUUGAAAAACAUAAAGAAAAUGUAGUUGAGAUUUCCGCCUCACUUCAAUAUAUCCAUGGUAUUUGAGAAAUCGUUGUUCGAGAUAUCGAAGUUUAACAGUAUAUUUAAGAGCAUUAUGACUUUGUACCCAGUUUGUAGUGGUCUGUGCAUUGUGCAUUCAGAACUGUUGGUAAAACAAAUUGCUGGUAUUUACACCUUGUUAAUACUGCCAAAGUAACUUCAUAUUUUAAGAAUUCGUACAUUUAACCCUUUACAGUGUACAGGGAUAACAGUAUUUUGAGUACUGCAGUGUGGCUAUUUCGCAAUUCACAUUCUGUAUUUGAGUACUUUAUCACCAACUUCUUUUUGUAAGAGUGAAUUCCCAGUAUUUUUAUCCAGGGUAUCUUCCUUCUCACAAUCAUUCACCAAAUAUGAAAUGGUAGAAAUUGAAAAUCUUGCAAGAAGACAUUUGGGUAUUUAUUCUAUGACUGUCUUUUGAUGGGCAUUAUUAUGGUACAUCAGUUACCUUAACAGUGUACUUUAUUAUGCUGAAUAUUUGUUAUCUAAGGAAAGAUCACUGUAAAUGUAAACACUCGAGAAAAUGUUUAAAAUCAGAUAGUGCAUAAUUUGUGUCAUUGAUAUUAUUGUAAUCAUCUUGUUUUUAGAUGAGUUCUAUUGGUUGCUGUGAUAUUACCGUUAAAGUUCAUGUUAUAUUACACAUGUAUCAAUAUAGAAUGUAAGCAUUUUGUUACACUUUUGUAAUUUUCAUUCCAAGUACAUUGAACUGGAUGGCUAGAACUUUUAAAAUACUAUUAGAUAAGUGAACUAUGUUUAAAAACGUUGACCGAACUAUUUUUCCAUUAAUUGUUCAUUAGUUUACAGAGUACUUGGUUUUCUUGUCACUUAUGAAUUCCACUUCAAUUUUUUUGUAUGCACAUUAUUGUUAAUUAUUAAUUAAACAAAAUGUUAGUGACUACAUACACAUGUAUGCAAUUAUAGUAACUCGGAUUUUAAUUUUGGUUGACGAUGAAAUUUAAUGAGGAUUGAAACCAGUAGAACUACACAUAUAUUCUUGACACAGACAUACAUGUAAUGUUUAUAAGUAUUGGAUUGCACUAAACAAAGUGUAGCAAUGUCUAUGUUAUGUAUUGAAUCAUGAACUCUCAGUUUGAAAUCAUGAUUUUAUUUUAUUUUUUAAAGUAUAUAUAUACCUGUGAUUGUAUUUCCAUUUAUUGAUCCGAAUUCAUUUAUAGUUAAUAAGUGUUUGCUUUAUAUCCAGGAUGAUGAGGGCAUAUAUUAUACCUCUUGCCAACAAACCCAGUCAACACUUGUGUAUGGUUGUACAUGCAUGUCUUAUUAUAUCAGACCAGAAGGCAAUAUGGAGAACUUUUUACCUUCAGAGUGCACUGCCAAUCACAAACACUGUAAUGAUUGUAUUUUGCUCCCAUUUCCUUUAUCUGCUUAUUUUAAAAUUCUCAUAUUUUUAUCGUUUGUUAUAUUGCGGAACAAUUGGAACACAUUUGUCAUUUUCCAUCACCGCAAAAAGAAAUUGCGAGUAAAUAAUAACUGCCAAGCAUCGGGUCAGCUCAGACUUUGGUCCACAACUGCUUCAUAUAUAUUGUACUCCUAAAAAAUGUACGGGUUAACUUUAGUAUUAUAUUUAAAAAUAUAAGAACCGGUUGAUAAAGCUCAAACAUUGAUAAAACAUAAAGAACUUAGCUACUUACUAUAAAAACAAUAGAGAAUCACUUAAAGAUUUAGAGUUUUCUUAUCGCCAUGUUUAGAGUUUUCGCUUUACUGCGCAGUACUCGCUAUCGGGUAUUUGAAUCUCGUUCAGUGUAUGACAUCUUUGUCAACAAAUGAGAAUACGUGUAUUUGAUAGUACUGGUAGCAGUCCGGUAGUACUGGUAGCGGCCCGGUAGUACUGGUAGCGGCCCGAUAGUACUGGUUGCGGCCCGGUAGUACUGGUAGCGGCCCGGUAGUACUGUUGGCAGCCCGGUAGUACUGGUGGCGGCCCGGUAGUACUGGUGGCGGCCCGAUAGUACUGGUGGCGGCCUGGUAGUACUGGUAGCGGCCCGGUAGUACUGAUGACGGCCUGGUAGCAUACAUAUAGUGGUAAGGUGCUCUCUUCACACCCAUCGUCGAUUUUCGGUUCCACCGCCGCAUCAUACCCAAGACGUUUAAUAUGAGUUGGAACUGCUCCCUUACCAAGCACCCCUGAAUUAAAAGUGCAAUUCAAAGGUCUUAUAGCUAUGACCUUAACAAAAGAGGUCACGUGUCACGACAGUCGUUACUAUGAUAAACAACCCUCACUGCUGCAACCUUGAACAUCAUGUAUACUUGUAGAUUGUAUAGGUCCAAAUUUGUUACACUUCACCCAAAGCUGUGACGUCCUCACAUGAGUGAAACAUUCUCGAAGGGACGUAAGGCAUCAAAGUGGCUGACAAAAAAAAACUGCUUUGUGUUUGCAAAGAAAGAUGCAAGUCAGAUCUCCAACAACGAAAAGAUGGAAAUGAGUGCCGAGGACUGAAAGUUCUUUAUCACCACGUCACGUUGGUAUCACGUAAUAUGCUUGCCCAACCCCAGAUCGAGUAGAUGUGUCCUUAUUCUAAAGCACGAAAGAAUACCAAGACCAGAGUCUAAAUUACACUCGCAGUAACUUCAUUUUGACGUAACAAGGGAGAUACUUGAAAAUUCAAAAAGGUGUCGGAAAAUGUCCAACUAGUGUUCUUUAAGGUCAUACGCAAAGUUUCUGACAUUUUUUCUAAAAUAAUAUUUUCAGCUCCUCUAUAUUAAGAGUUCUUGUAUGGUUUCAAAAAUCGGUUUAAGAUUCAUAGUGUAGGAAUAUUGCCAUACGUCGUAUGUCGGCCUGGUUAGCUCGGGGGUUCGAUCACCCUAUUAGUAAUGCAAGGAUAUUAAAAGUUCGAUGUUUAGUUGAUCCAACAUUUUUCUUCCUUUCUUUGCUGCUAUAAGUAAUGUCCAUGUAUACAGUCCUUUUACAGCCCAUUGCGAUUGUUUGUAUUUUGAUUUUCUUACUCGUGGUACGUUAGACGAGUGUAGACUGAUUCGGAGACUACCGCACACUUCGGUUUAAAUUCUUGCUGUAUCUUCCAUGGAUGAAGAUGAGAAUAGAGAAUGGGGAUCCUUAGUUAGAGAGGCAAUACUGCACCCAUUGCAUUCUGCUACUAGCGAUGUUCACUUGUACUGUGGUGAAUUUGCAUUCUGCUACUAGCGAUGUUCACUUGUACUGUGGUGAAUUUGACUUAACGUUUAUUUUAGAAGCGUGUUGCGUGGCGAGUAUACCUGUAGUUUUAGAAACAAUGUAGUGAUAGGUACAAUUUUAGAUGAUAUACUACUGACAGGUGCAAAUUUUAAACGAAGGCCGGUAUAAUUUUAGAACGUGUUUGGAAAUAUCGUGAUCAGCGUUGUAUCGGGUUUACAUGUAUUGCGUGUUUUUCACAUGGAAUAACUUGCAUGUAUCUGUACGUGUGUGUGUGUGCAAGACCUGUGUUUAUAACUAAGUGAAUGGUAUGUGCUGUGUAUGUAGGUAUAUUUAUAUGUAUACAUUAUGUGUCUUUAAUUGAAUUCCAUGCUUGGUUCUAAAAUAUAUACCUAUAUAUAACAAA